CGCGUCCUUGUGAUUGGUCCAAAAGAGGAUCUCGUAGCGGUCAGCGCUCCUAUAUAAACCCAUGCAGGCUCAAGCAUCGCUGCCGUCUGUCUGUCAUGCAAGUCCGAAGCACAGUGAGGAGUCCAGUCUUGUAAAAAGAAAAAGAAGAAGAAGGAGAAGAGGAAGAAGAGCCUCACUUUGUACGAGCCCCCUACAUUUAUUUAUUCAUUGUUAUUAUUAUUGGCUGCGUUCUUAACAUUUCCUGAAUGAAUCCCCCGCGGAGCAGGAGGCGUCUUCUCGUUGCGUUCACUUGUGACAUCUGUGCCGGGAAGACGAUGCCUCUGAGGACGGGACUUUUUAUCCUGAUGGUGCUCAACGCAUCUGCAUACGAGCUGGAUCACAACGAGUCCUAUUCGUCCAGGAGAGCACGCUUCUCGACCAACAGCCCUUCAGAUGUGGCACGCUGUCUCAACAGUGCCCUCCAAGUUGGCUGCGGGGCCUUCGCCUGCCUGGAAAACUCAACGUGCGACACAGAUGGCAUGCAUGACAUCUGCAAGUCCUUCCUGUACAGUGCUGCUAAAUUUGACACUCAGGGUAAAGCAUUUGUGAAAGAGAGCCUUAAGUGCAUUGCCAAUGGCAUCACCUCCAAGGUGUUCCCCACCAUCCGCCGCUGCUCCACAUUCCAAAGAAUGAUAUCGGAAGUCCAAGAGGAGUGUUACAGCAAGCUCGAUAUCUGCACGGUCGCUCGCACCAAUCCCGACGCCAUCGGUGAGGUGGCCCAGCUACCCAGUCACUUCCCCAACAGGUUCUACGGGAGGCUGCUGCAGAGCCUGAUGGACUGUGACGAGGACACGUUGGAGCGCGUGAGGACCAGCAUGGUGUCUCGGUUGGGCCCGGAGAUAACCAUGCUUAUUCAGCUCCUGCAGAACAAGCCUUGCUCUUCUGCAGCUGGCGCCGCAUCCGCCGCCGCCGCCGCCGCCGCCCCAACGGGAGCGGAGGGCCGCGGGAACUGGCGCUGGUCUGUGGGUCCCCAUAUGUACAAGAUCCAGCCUAAUCUGCGAAACAGAGACUCUGCCAGUCAUUUUGGCAAAAAGCGCUCUGCCAGUGACAGCUCCUAACUUGCACUCCAAGUCAGAAAGCUCCUCUGUUCCCUCGGGGUGACCACAUCCAUUCCUCCGUUAGACUGGAAGUUACUAAAAUAUGCACCUCCAGGAAAUGCCAGACCACCCAUAGAGUGUGAUUGUUGAUAUAUUGUAUAUCCUACGUUUAAGGCUUGAGAGACCCCCCCCCUUCAAACCCUAUUCAUCUCUCCCACUUGUGGCUGUGCAACAACAGCCUUGUUCACUCUUUUAAUCUCCUCCUACUAAGAUCCUUACAAAGUCUUGAUGCCAAGCACAAAAAAGAAGAAUAACUCAUCGUCAUCCAUAAACAGAUUAGUCAAUAUUGGUUCAUCCACGUGGAAGGGUGGGGGGGGUUAUCAUUAGAUGUAUCCACAAAUUUAGUGAUGAGACCAGUCAAAUUGUGAGCAUGAGAUGUGAAGGUCAUCUUCACGUGUAUUUUUUAUGAUGCUAACUCCUAAAUGUACUGUAUUUAUAGGUAAUCUGAGACAGCCAUAGCUAGCCUUCUAACAGAGCGUAAAAGAGGUUACCUUAAACUGACCAAAAACACAAACUUCAAAACUGCCCUGAAUGCUAUUCAAGUAAUACCAAACUAGAUAUAGCACUUACUAAUAGUUCGUAUUUGUGUUUUCUGAUGACAGAUGUAGCCGUUGUACUGACAUCAUGUAGUCUGUCCAUUAGAAAACAUCAAUCCAGACACUUACAAUGCAUACGACUGUUGAGCUCUACGGUGUAUAAGGGACCAUGUUUAUGUUGCUAACUGAGUGCAAGAUUUAGAGUGACUAUUUAAAAAAAAAAAGAAAAAAGCCUUCUUGGAAUUAUAUUUAUUUUCCUACUAUAUUAUUUAAGCUUUUUAUUUGAAUGCAUAUAUUAUAGUUUUAAUUAGCUUAAAAGCUUCGAUUUGAACAUCUAUAUGCCAAAAAAAAGAAACAAAAAAAAGGGUGAAUGACUGGGACCCAUGUCAUGACUCUGUGCUGGCCAUAGGGGAACAAGGUUGGUCAUUCAAGCCAAGGUGGUCUACUUAUGACACAGGAGGCAGUUUUACAAUAGGCUGGUCAUUGUCAUUGUAGCUGCUGCAUAAAGGUAAAAGCAAGUGUCAGCAUCAAGCACCCGGCUUGGAUGUUGUGCACUAUAUAACAUUGCGGUGCUUCUCCAUGCAUGUAUCCAUUAGAGAGGGCUGUGUGUUGUUUCUUUUGUGAGUGAUUGUGUUGGCCAGGAAACAGCAAUGCAUUAUUUCACUUUGACCCCAAAUUGAAACCUACGCUGGGUGGUGGUUGGCUUGGUUGGCUCCCCUUUUUAUUUCACGGCCUUCGAAUAGGAAGACAAUCGUCCACGAAUAGGAAGAGCACUGCAAUGGGGUGUCACGCCUUUAGCACUAUGGCUCAAAGAAAAUGUUCAUAUGGAUGUAGGGCCUUAUAAAUGCAAUCGGUGCAAUUGAAUAGGGUUGGUGUACAAUAUAAUGAGAUCGAGUAGAGCAGUAUUUGGCUGCAACCAGCAGAGGUGCUGUUGAUUCAGUCUUGACUAGUUUUGCAAUUUGAAACGCCGCAAAUUUGAGCGGCAUCAGGCAGCAUAAUUCUGCUCAAUACAAUACUGGUGUGGAGUUCAGAACAUUCACAAAGAUAUUCUCCCAUCCCAGUUAUUACAUCAAAAAAACCCUGAUUAAUUAUUGCCUGUUAAUUUUCACCAUAGGUAAUCAUGAAAAGGUCCCAUAUUAUACUAUUUUUCGACACGUUUAAGUAGGUCUCAGAGGUCCCACAAUAGUUCAUUGGAAGUGUGCUGGCCAAAAUCUAGCCUUGAUGCAGUUCGAUGGAAACAUGCCAUUUUGUGUGUGUAGCUUUAAUGCCAAUGUGUUGUGUUUUCCCAUGCCUGUGUGGCUCCAAGAAGCGCUAUUGUGCACUUUAUGCACUUUUUACAUGUACACUGUAACUCUACAAUUGUCCAACGUAAUAGAUGCCAUAUAGCACAUUUUAAACAGUUUAACAUUAAGAAGUGGGACAGGAGGCCACAAACGACACUAGCAUAGCUACGUGAGCUACACUGCUACCAUCACAAUCACAUUUCGACAUCUUGCUAGGUUGGCUUUUCGUCUGAGGAAAAAGAAAACGGAAUCAAACCUACAGCUCCCACGCGUUUGUAGCUGACUGACAGAUUGACAGACUUUCAUUUUAAGAUGUGUAGAGAAGCCUUUUUUUCUUUCUUUUUUUUUUUUUUUUUUUUUGCAAAGCUGUCCGUCAUGAAGUGUUGGGCGUAUACUGUACAUGGGGCAGGCUCGGCCAAUAGCGGCAGGUCAGAGGCGGUAGCAUAUCCACAAGGACGGAGGUUUUUCCUGUAUGACUUCAUGAAACUUUAAAAGCGACCGUUUGAGUGCCUCUUCUCUCAAAGGUGGACCAAACAAGUGAGAUAGAUAGAUAGAUAGAUAGAUAGAUAGAUAGAUAGAUAGAUAGAUAGAUGAAACCGGUUGUCAAGACUGAACAUGUGAUACAUUUGGAUCUCUUUAGUUUGUGCCCGAGUGUCUUUCUACUGCAAAAUAAAUGAUUGGCUAAAAGGCUUGAAAGCAAUGCUGCUUGAAAGAAGUGACUUUAAGUGUUAGUUUGACAAAGGAGAAGCACAAAGCAUAACAAUAUAUAUAUUUUUUCUCUUUUUCAAUAUUCUUUUUCAGCUCCGAGACUAUGUUAAAAAUUCCAAACUAUGCAACGACACAAAGGAUUCACAGCGACAAAGAAAUUGACCUUUUGUUCACUAAUUGCUGACGCUGUUGUUUGCACUCGCUCGGCGUGGAACUCUAGGAUGGUGGUUUCUUCUGGACAAUGUAAGAGCUAUAGUCACGCUAUAGUUUAAGGAUAUCCUACUAGUUUUUAUUAAAUAUGCACUUUUUCUUUCCAUCCGGACCACUAUAAAGGGCAUUGAAACCUUCAUGAUACAUGUGUGUGUAUCUCAUGUUGUCCUUCAUGGGUAAUCCCCAAAACCCAAACAGCUGCUGCUAAGAUGCUGGCCACAAGCCACGCCUCCCCCUAACCCCGCCCCCCUUACUGGCGGCAUCACUCAACCAAUAAGACUCACACAAUGUCUGUCUGUCUUUUUCCUGUGGACAUUUCUUUGUUGUUAAUAACUUUUAGGGCAAAGUGACUGUUUCCUCACCAAUGUAGUCCAAUGUAACGGUAGUUUCAGAGAAUGUACCUGUUUACUGAAUGUCUGCUUGCAGGAGACACAUGAUGAAGGCAUGUUUGCAUGACGGGCGGAGAGACAAAACAUUGUCACGGGCCUUCAGUUUCUUUGUUUUGCAGGUUCGAAUUUGGGCGGAGCGGUGGUGAGCUCUGUGAAAAACUGUUUCUCCUGUCUCACUUCUGACACACCAUGGUACUCUUUCCUCUCAAGACUUGAAAUAGAUUGAUAGUGAUUGUUGUCGUGCUCGAGCAAAAGCGAAAAAAAAGCUUCAGUGACUUGUAAAGUUUAUUUUGUAUUCAUAUAUGUGUAUAUAUAUAUACAUAUAUAUGUAUAUAUAUAUAUAUAUAUACAGUAUGUAUAUAUAUAUAUAUAUAUAUAGAUAUAGAUAGAUAUAUAUAUAGAUAUAUAUAGUAACAGUUAUUUUACUAUUCAGAUAGCAAGGUUAUUGAGGAUUUAACUGAAGUUCCUGAUACAGAUGCUAUGUAACGCAUGAUUGACCUUGUGUAAAUGACUUGCACUUUAAAAUACACCCAUAGACAUAUAUACCCACACUGUGUAUAUGUUUGGGUUUUUUCCUCUGUACUGAAAAGUCAUGAAAGAUACAAAUGCAUCAAUUGUGUGUCUUUUGCUGAAAUA